AUAAUCAUACAUUAUUUCUUCAGAUGUGACUGUAUUUCCUUUGUCUCAUUCUCCUUCAGCUCAUAUGACUGAUCUGAAAUGGUCCUCAUCUGUUCGUCAAGAACUACGUUUUGUAUCAGCUAAUGUUGGAGACAAGGUGACUUUGCAAUGUUUCUAUGAAGGUGAUGGAGCUGCAUGGCUUUUCUGGUACAAACAAACUCUGGGACACAAACCGAAGCUCAUCUCUUCAAAGUAUACGUUCGAUAUAAAAAGCUCUUUUUCUCAUGAAUUCAAGAACAAUCCACGCUUCACUCUGGACACUAAAAACAGUGCAUAUGACUUGAACAUUUCUGAUUUGCAAAUAUCAGACUCAGCUACUUAUUUCUGUGCAACUGGCUCUUCGUUUAACUUUAAAUUUGCAGAAGGGACUAUUAUCCAUGUAAAGGGUUCAGGUUUGAAUGUUCCAGCUUUUAUCCAUCAGUCAGCAUCUGAGACCGUCCAGCCAGGAGGCUCUGUGACUCUGAACUGUACAGUCCACACUGGGACCUGUGAGGGAGAACACAGUGUUUACUGGUUCAAGAACUCUGAAGAAUCUCCACCAGGACUCAUUUACACCCAUGGAGGCAUGAAUGAUCAAUGUGAUAGGAAAACAAAAACACAAACCUGUGUCUACAACCUGCCAAUGAAGAGUCUGAAUCCGUCUCAUGCUGGGACCUACUACUGUGCUGUUGUCUCAUGUGGACACAUACUGUUUGGAGACGGGACCAAGCUGGACUUUGAGGGUGAGGCUGACCUGGUGUAUUUCUUGAGUCCAGCUUUGAUAUUCACCACCAUCCUCAGUGUUUUAUUGGCUUUCACAGUGUGCAUGACCAACAAAGACAGCUGCAAAUCUACAGAGUCCCGGGCAACAUUUCCAACUCCCUCCACAGCCAACCCAAAGGAUUUCCAACACGCAGAAAAAGUCUAUAAUGGCUUCAGUGUCAACCUACACAACAGAUCAGGAAGACUGAAGGAUCCGACCUGGAGUGAAUGUGUGUACAACAGCGUAAAGAAGUAGAACUGGACACGUUACAUAUAUCAUUUUCAGACAGAGAGGAUUUUCUUGGUUUGAGGUGUAAUGUCAAUUAAGCUUAAGGUGUAGAAUUAAUAUGCUUUAUAGAUUCUUUGUCGUCAGCAGACAAUAUUAUCUGUUUUUAUGCUUUGCUAAUAUGCAUACAUGUCGUUUUGCAGGCUAUCUCAUUGGUACU